UUGUUGAUUUUGAGGCCAGAAUGUAUAAUCUUAAUGUGACAAAGAAAAUGAAGUAAUUCUAUGUAUUUUAACAAUUCAAGUAGACUGCCAAGUAUUGAGAAUAGCUAAAUAACUCAGAUCAAUACAUUUGUACUCUUAACGCUGAUAUUAUUAUCGAGAGGCGUGUAUCUGAAGAAUAACUGUAACAAAAGGCGAGCUAUAUGUGAAGAUAAAACAUGCAAUGUACAAUCUUUGCAGUAAUAAACGAAAUGUGAUUGGAAAUGAUCUACAGCAUUGGUAACAGUUGUAGGGUUGAAAGAAAACUGCAAUCGUUACAUGGCUCAAGGUCAAACAACAUUUUACUGAUAAAUGUAGAAUUAGAAAAAAUCUUCCAAUGACCAAGUUGUCCUGUUCAUCCAAGUCUAGAGGAUUCAAAUAGUUGAUAUAUUUCACAUCGGGCAUAAACAACCUUAGACGUUGACAAAGGAAAUGUCAAAUGUGACAGUUCAGUACUCUGACACAUAAUUGUUUUUUUUUGUGUUUUGCGAGUGAAAAAAUUCUGAUCGAAUUCAGCACCAUUUGUUGGAGAAUAACAGAGUUCUAUGAAGUUGUGAAUUACGGAUGAUAUUGAAAUAGAUGCCUGCAGCUUGAGUGGAAGGAAAGAAAAUAACUUAGAGUGAGAAAUUUCACCUACUCCACUAAAUAUUUCGAUCGCACAGCACUAAAUCGAAAAUAUAUCUAAGCAAGCUAUGUAGCACACCUGUCUGCCACUGCCGUCAGAUAAAUAAUAUUGACCAUGGAACAGUCGAUACAUGUCGAGACUGGGGCUCAGCUCUUGGCUCGGCUCAUGAAAAGACCCAUCCUUCAUGAACUGGAAAAAGUUUUAUUCUCUGAGGGUCCAAGGCCAAACGAGGUGAUUGAAGUAUCUGGAAAUUUGUCUAGUGGAAAGACACUUUUGGUAACUCAACUAAUUGCAAAGUGUCUCCUGCCGCGCAGGUACAAAGGCAUUAAACUGAAUGGACAAGAGGCAGGAGUUGUGCUUGUGAAUACAGAUCAUCAUUUUCACAUACCCACUCUGGUUGAUCUAAUGGCCUGCUUUAUACGUAAUAACAACAACGUGAGGAAAUUAGGUGCCGAUAUCUUUGAUGAUAAAGUCAUCAAGAGUAUCAUUGAAGAGUCUCUUAGAUACUUAACUAUUAUAAAUUGUUAUGAAAGUAGUCAAUUCUUGGUGGGCUUGCAAUCACUCCAAGGUAUACUGUCAAACGAUGAUAAAAUAGCAAUUGUUGCCAUUGAUAGUAUAUCUUCUUACUAUUGGCAAGACAGGAAGCACGGAGAAUGUUGGUCUAUGGACGGAUACGUGAAAAGCUGUUUGAAAACAAUGCAAAAGCAUACCUUUGGUCACAAAAUCAUUCUCCUUUACACCAGACCCAGUGAUGUGGAAUCAGAGAGGAAAGAGGCUGUGGUUCGUGCCUCUCUACCGAAUGAAGAAAAAGUUCAUUAUAAAAUACAACUUCAUAAACAGCAUGAUGUUAAUAAAUUUUCAGCUGUGGUUGAAUCCGCAAUUGAUAAGAGGAAUCUCAGUUAUAUUGUAAGUAACAACGGUAUAGAAUGGAGAACAUGUUACAGUAAAGGGUAGAAACGAUGUAUAGUAUGCCUGCUCCAAAAAUAAUUUUUUAACAUACUUACAAAUCA